CUUUUAGGCUUUAUUUUUUAAAGAAUCAAAUACCGAGGGUGAACACUUAGUGCACUCCUCUGUUUACUUUUUGCAAGAUCGUCUACUGAGCAUAAAGAGAUUCGGGAGAGCAAACACACGACGAGAACGCUGAAUUUUUUAUGGUUUAAGAGUGAAAACAAAUAAUGGAUCCGAAUGAUUCGGAUGGAUCAUGGGAGUUUGUGGAUCAUAAGGAUUCUGACUCUGACGCAUCAUCAGUAGCAUCACCCUAUGAUACUGGAUUACCAGAGGAAAACCUGGCAACCCUGCCUUCACAAAAUGAGGAAUCAGUCGGAAGUGCUUGGAAUAAUCAUGAUGACUUUAUAACGGAUAGUGAUAUAGAAGCUUGUGCUGAAGAACCUCCCGAGUCGGAUGAUGGGGAUGGAGAUAUCACACUGAAGCAGGAUACCCUGCCUUCAUCACCACAGAUUGAUAAAGAUGACUCGACACCUGAGAUGCAAAGUUCUGGUGAACAUGGUUCACAAUCUUCAUCAAGUACAAUCACAAAAUCAGUGACAGCAAUGGAAAAUGAAAAUCCACCACAAAUGGUAGCUGAAACCUGCGAUGAUAUAAAUACAUCUGCCAUAUCCAAAACUGACUGUCAGCAGAAUGACAACACUAGUCCCGAAGAUGCUGAUCAUCCCACAGAGGAAGUGACAUCACAGGAAAUAACAAUUAAAGACGCAUCAUUAGUUGAUGACAUCACUGUACCACUCAUUGACUCAGAGCAAACACCAGCUGUGCUAGAGAGUCUUCAAUUGCCUCCCAUAUCUUCAGCUUCUUCAGAAUCAUCCGAUUUUGAAAGAAUCGAUUCAACUUCUGAUUUGACUUCCGUCACUACGAACUCUGACCUGAACUUUGAACCUGAUGUUAUACAAAGCUUGGAUUUGAAACCUGAGGAGGGGGAAGUCCCUUCAAUUGAGAUUGAAAGUUUCUCAACCGGGGAGGAUCAGGAUAGUGAUGAAGGUUCAAUCACAUUUGCAGUCAUCAGUGCCCCUCCACCCACUGAGAUCAUAUCUCAUAAGAUUGCAACUAGUGUCAUUUUUGGUGAUGAUUCAACCAAUCAGAGAAGCGUUGGCAUGGUUACGGAAGCUGCAUUGGCUAAACAUAACCUGGUUGACAUGGCAACAGAACCAGACAUGGCCAAUCAGAAGACUGUUGGCAUGGUUACGGAACAAGCUGGACCACCCAAUCAGAGGCUUCUGAUUUCGUUUAUCGCCCUCAGUUUUGGCAUGGGAUUUCUGCUAGGAGCAACUGUACCAAUGUCACAAUCAACAGUGUGGCAAUAUCCUGAGGAAAUAGUUGCUUUAGAAGAGAAAGAGAUACCUCCUUUCUCUCUCCGAGACAUCUACAAGGAGUCAGAAAAUCCGCUGACCAAGGGAGGAAUUGAGAGGAAUGACUUCAUGAAAUAUAAACUCUUCAUGGAAAAUUCAAGACUUCGUAACAAGAAUCGUGGACUUCGUUCAAACAUUAGAAAAUUAAAAGAAGAAAACAAGUUUAUGACAAAACAAUCCGAUAAAACCACUAAUGCAGAAAGGUCAUCCAUCGCUCUAGCUUUGCUGCAAAAAUCGCUUAAAAAAAGCCAGGAAUUGAACAAAAUAGAAUUUGAAAAAAGAGACAAAGAAAUAAUGAAACUUCAGACCGAAUUGCAAGUGGCAGAAGAUGAAAAUACUUUCAUGACAACUAAUAUGGAUUUGUAUAAACGACUUCAAGCUCAACACUCUGAAUUGACCUCUCUUCAUGAGAAAUCACUCAGGGCUCACUCUGAAGAAAAAGCCAGUCUUCUUGAACGUCAACAAUCUCUGAAACACCGACUUCAUCGAUACAGAACUGAAAGUAGAAAUCUUAUCCAACAAUCAAAUAAACUCAAGAUCCAUAACUUGCAAUUGAAAUCAAUUAUCCAAUCUUACGAAUCUCGCCAUCAACAACCUUCCACACCAUCACAAUCUGAACCAACCAAGACCUUGUCUCCUCUUAUGCUAGCAUUUGCAGCCAGACGUCAGAAAACUUGCCCUUCGAGUUCAAAGUUCAGAUCACAGGUCAAAUUGUUGCAACUUAGACUCAGGCGACAAAGGUCAAAAAUGUGGAAGUUGGAACAAGAAACACAUUUGAAGUCAAUUGCUUUGGAGAAACUGUACAAUACAAUGGGAGAUUUGAGCAACUAUGCUAUGUGUCUUGGUCAACAAUUGAAAAUGCCUCUCAAUGAGAGAGCAAAGGAUCCCGUAGAAUAUUGCAGGUCCACUUCUAGUGAACCCAAGUCUGCUUCUAGUUUUUCCUCAUCACCUAAGAACUACCCACAAUGCUCUUAUCACGUAAAUGGAACUCUAGCUGUUGAUUUUUCUUCACUGAAUGUCACUGUUAAAGGAUUCAAAGACACAACAAGCUACAAAUUACAAAUUUUGAGCGACCGUACGACACCGGCUAUUUAUUUCAACUCUUCUGUUUUUAUUGAGAAGCCUAUAACUUUAGCCCCAUCUUGUGACAAUAAUCCUCAUGACCUUGAUUUGACUUGGACACCAAUACAACUUCAGUCUUUGGCCCCAAAUUUGUUCCUGCGCACUUGUACGCCCAUGUGGUCACUAAAAAUGUCCGAGCACGACGGGAAAUCUCAAAUCACAAAGCAGAGUUCUUGUCGCUGCUAAGAACCAUUUCUGUUAAUAAUCAGUCACUAGAUGUCAGUAGAAAGAGACAGAAAAUGCGGAAAAUCGACUGGUGGUUGCGAAUCGUGAAUUGAAACGACUACGCAAGGAGAAAAAAGAUUUGAACCAGAAAUUGAAGAACGUCACAAGUGAACUGAAAAAGAAGCCCACCAUGAAACAAUGUUUGCAGUCUGCAUUGGAUACUGAUCAACUUUUAAAUAAAGUUAAUGACACUAAAGCUUACAAAAGGGCCACAAAAAUGGCCCAAAAAGU